AUGUCUGUUCCGGUCAAGAAGCAAAAAUCCGAAGAAUCUUACCUCAAAGAAGUUGUCAGUCUCAGCUUCAAUAUCACCCACCUAUGGACAAUCGCGUUCUCCUCGCCUGAGGCUGUCCUGCCCGACCGAGCGUUUCCAUGGUUUAACGAGAAUGUCGCCCAACUUCUCAGACAGUCCCACUCUUAA